CCUAUUUAAAGGAGGGAUAGGUAGAAUUUAGGACACAGAGAGAACCCAGUGAAGUUCUUUGAAGAUCUCUGAAGAAGUGAAGCUACAACUGAAGAUUUCAGAAGAAGACUAUAUCAAUGGCGAUGUUGACCAUCCUUCUGCUUCUCAGCGCUGCCAUUGUUCUGGGCGAGGCCUUUGAUCUACGUGCCACAAAGGCUGGGGUGGAGGAGGAACAGCAGGAGGCAGGAGCAGCAGAGAGUGAUCCUCCAUGCCCCGGAGGUUGGACCAAAUACGGAUCACAUUGCUUUAUGUUUGUCAACACUGCAAUGACAUGGUCCCGAGCUGAGAGGUACUGUCUGUCCCAUCGAGCAAACCUGGCCUCUGUGCACAACUGUGGGGACAACUAUAAUUUACAGCAAUUGGUGUUGAAAAACACCGGCCAACUUCUACCUAUCUGGAUUGGAGGAUUUGAUGCUGUUCAGAACAAAAAUUGGUUCUGGAGUGACGGCUCCAAAUUUGAUUACGAGAACUGGGAGCAAGGAGAGCCCAAUAAUUAUGGUGGCAAGGAGCACUGUCUUCAAAUGAACUUUGGAGGUGACAGAAAGUGGAACGAUUUAGACUGUGGAUUGAAAUUGCCCUUGGUGUGCACACUGAAAACCUGUUAAAUCAAGCAAAACAUCAACUCAACUGAAAAAGAAAUGUUUUUCCAUAGUGUCAGCAUCCUAACUGAACACACAAGUCAAAUACUUUAAAAAUUAUUUGUUUCGGUAAAAUUAACAUUUUAGUUACUUGUUGUGCAUAAAUGUUGAGUAAUGAUUCUGUGGUUUGUUGUCAAUAAAACUGGUGCACACAUUA